UUAGCAGGCAGAAGUCCUCAAACACAAGAAAAAGAAAAAAAAAUGAAAAAGAAAAUAAUAUAUAAGAAAAUAACAUCACGUCAUUUGUGAGCGGAGACCCCAAUCGAACACCGCCUGGACACAACACAGGUGGGUGGGAGAACAAAUCGCGAAGAAUUGUUAGUAUAGUGUCUCACCCUCGCGCAGAAACCUUCAUCAAUUUCCACAAACUCGAACAACGAAUCGUUCUCCAUUGCUAACCUAAAAAAUGGGUUGUUUCUUGAGCAAAAACGGCGAUACCAACGCCAACAGGAUCGCACGUUGGCGAGCCACUGGAAUUGUUGCUUUGCGCGAUUCCAAAUUAAAGGCCUUUUUUGGUAUGAAUGGAUUUUUGGAAAAAGUGAUGUUAUACUGUUGUGUGAUACUUGCGAGACUCGUCAAAACAUUUGACAGAGAACACGUUUACUUACAAUGGAGCCUUUGCAAACAGUCAUUUCCAGAUGAAAUUAUUAAGUUAGACACAUCUGUUCGCACUCUUGACUUGACGCAUAAUCGAAUAGUUGACAUUCCUAUGGAAAUCAACAAGUUAAUUAAUAUACAACGAAUGGUAUUAGCGGAGAACUUAAUUGAGAGACUGCCAAUGAGUUUAGGCAAACUCCAAUCGUUGAAACUGUUGAACCUGGAUGGAAAUCGAAUAACUUCCUUACCUGAUGAAUUGGACCAGUUAGUAAGGCUUGAACGCUUAUCUGUCUCAAGGAAUUUAUUAGCAUCCUUGCCAAUGACUAUUGGAAGUUUGAGAAAUUUGGUGCUUUUGAAUGUGUCAAAUAACAAGUUACGGUCCCUUCCAGAAUCUGUUGGCAGUUGCUCCUCUUUGGAAGAGUUACAAGCAAAUGAUAAUCUUAUAGAAGAUCUUCCAUCUUCUGUGUGCAAUCUCUCUCACUUAAAGUCACUUUGCUUGGAUAACAAUAAUGUGAAGCAGACUCCUCGGAAUUUAUUGAAAGACUGCAAAGCUCUUCAGAACAUAUCACUGCAUGGUAAUCCUAUAUCAAUGGAUCAAUUGCAACAGAUGGAGGGGUUUCAAGAGUUUGAAGCAAGGAGGAAAAAGAAGUUUGACAAACAAAAUGAUUCAAAUGUGAUGAUCGGUUCAAAAGGUCUUGAUGAGGGUGUUGAUUUAUGAUGUGGUCAGGCUUGCUGAGACCAAUAACAAUGAGGAGGAGCUUUUGGAUUUGGUUUGGAAUACUUCGUUUUUUACUAAUGCCUUUUCUUUCACAUAUGAAACAAGUGUGUUGAUAUUCCUGUCACAUUGUAUGUGAUUCUUUCUGUCAUUAUCCUGCGCCAGUUCUUGUUUGCCUGCAAAUAUGAUGACUUCAACAACAAAAGUAAUACCAUUCCUUCGAUAUAGUGUUGAA